AUGGCCGAUCCGACCCACCAACGUCGAUCCUCCAUCUCGGAGCAAAUCCAGCGAAUCUUUACGGUCGAUCGCUCAGAUAAACGUCGAAGAACCCACGACCAUGAAUUCUCUGAUGCGCUCGCUCAACUGAAAAAUGAGCACAAGAAGUCACAGGCGUCCAGUCAGGCACUCGGGCAAUUGGGCCCGGAUGAAACUAGACCUAGCUCAGUUACUUAUUCUCAAAACUCUGGACUGCCGUCUACGGGCACUUCUCAAUCAACCCCUCCGUUUCAACCUGUGAUGACCGUGGAAACCAUACCACCGCAGACUUCCGGCGUUCAAAACCCAACUCCGCAAGAGAUUCUCACUUCUCCAGCAAGGGAAACUGUGCGUCAUGAAAGACGCGCUACUAAGAGACUCGAAGCGGAAAGGAUAGAGCUUCAAAAACGCUAUCAGAGACUAGAAGAAGCUCAGGCCCGACAUGACCAGGGCAUUUGCGAGCGAUCCUCCAACCGCUUGACCAAGAAGCAGCCGCUGGAUAGCACUGCAAUUCGGUGGCCCAGUACCGAUAGAGAAGGAAAAAGAGGAAGGUCUUCAAGUGUCUUUUCUGGUAUAUUUUCGAGAUCAAGACGAUCUUCUCGAUCGCGUUCUAAAGAUUCCGAGUCGCGUCGUCAAUCAAGUGAAACCCCACCUACAUUACCAUUGGCACUUCCAGAACGUUUCGGUACCGCUGUAUCGAGAGAGUUGGCUACUCGCCAUGGAACUACUCUGGUUCCAUCUCAUCAACUUGAAGGCACGGCUCGUGCCCUCCACUCUCUUCAUCAAGCUCCCAAAUCUGACGACCUGAGGGAAAAUUGGAGAAUGGCCGAAGCCUGGCAGAGAAAUAAUGGAGCUCAUGACUUUGACAAUACUAGAGGUUCCGUCCACAAAGCAGAGCUCAAUGGUCUGCCCGCAACUGACAGGCUUGUCCGCGAAGCAAAUCUUUCGACCGAUCUUGACCGCGAACUAUUUACUGCGACUCUGCGACAUGACGGCAAGUCCAUUGGGACCCGGUCUUUCUCUGCUUCUAACCCGCAUGCCCAUACAUCAGCGCGUCCUACUGGUGUCUCGGCAAAAGACCGGGAGCAUCGUAAAAUCUACCCCAAGGUCCCUGAUGCCAUGUCUACCAGGGUCACUACGGCACGCCAGCUCCAUGAUCUCGCGCCAUCGGGACACAUCCAACGCUCCUAUAAGACAUUUGGGGCCUCCGUUUCAAUGCCGGCAAUCACGAAAAACAAACAUUUCAAGAAGGACGGAGCACCUGCUGGCCUGCAAGCAAACUCAAGCUCGUUCAAGUCCUCGCACCUCUCGUCGAACCCAUUCACAUCCAAAGACCCCGAGCCAAAGGAGAACAGUGGGAUCGUAAGAGGCUCGAUUGCUCAGAGUCCAGACCCAUCUAUCAUUCCAUUGCCAUUGCGGAUCCAAGCAUCACAACAGCAUGAUACGCCAAGAGGUCAAAAGACAGCUUCUGAGCCUACAUCAGCAAAUGCACUGAGCCAUCCUAGAGAUAGCCGUCGACAGUCACUUCAAGAGCCGGCAUCGUCAAAUUUGCACAGCCGCCGACAGGAGAACUGGCGCCCAGGCCAGUCAACAGCAUUUUCUGGUACAAUGCCAGCAGAAGUCCCCGGUGAAGCCAAGCGAACCAGGAAUGAUGGACCCCUUCUUCCAAUCAAGCAUGCAGGCAGGAUUGCUUCUCUCGGUCACAGCCCUCCACCGUGGUCAAAUUCCGAGAGCCAGAAAGGAUCGGAAGUCGCGGCAGAUGCACCGGCCGCCAUAUCCGAGUUCAGUGCACCGGACCAAUGUGACCCUGAAGAUUCUCCUGCAAUCAAAUCCGGCCUGAGAUGCAGAAACCCAUCACUCAACCGGACACCAUCGCAGAGCUCGUCACAAGCAAGCUAUGAUACAGCCGAUGAAGAAGUACUAGACGUUACUAAAGCCCUUGUCAAGGAGGAUAGAGCCAAGGCCCAACAAAAUGAUAUACCUAAUAAAGAGGCCCCCAUCGUGCAGAAGCCGCUUUCUUGUGAAAUCAUCUUACAGAACGAGAUCCCUCGGGCAAUUUCAUCCACCGUGGUACAGGAGGUAUCGGCACCGACGAUGAAGGCGGCAGCAGAGCAACCUAUUGCCAAAUUGUUUGUCAUUUGCUGCCAUUGCAAGUACUGGCACGACAUGCCAUCGGUGGUAUACGCCAGACUCGUAGGCUCUGAAGGACAGUCCUCUGGGUCCGUCCCGUCACGAACGUUCUCUCGCCGGAACUCAGGCGGUCGUAAAGUCUCUCUGAGACAUUCGCUUCUGUCUUCAAAUCAAUCUAACUUCCGACAACUGUUAGCUGUCGAGGGAAAGCAUAAGAACAAAGAUAAGCAGUCAAGUCGCGAGACUCAGACAGCAACUGGAAGUCCCUUGCCACCUCCCUCAUGCUGUUGGUGUGGACAUAAUAUGAAGAAGAUCUGCUGCCAGGGAUGGACUACACUCGUUAAGAUGGGUGAGAGACAUCAUUAA